AUGGAGGCCUCAGACACCCAAAGCGAGGGAGAGAGCCAAGGCGAUUUCCCGAUUUGCAGCCUUGCCAACCUACAAGAGCGCUUGUCCGCCACCCACCCCAAGCUGAUCCAGUAUAAGGAAGAUUUCAAAUGGGUCGAUGCACACCAGACCCAUCUACAGGAUGAUGCUCGCGACACCUUCAAAAACGACCAGGGUAUUCUCGCCGACAUUAGCCGUUCUGCAGAGGAACUCUCCCACCUCGUGAGCCGCCAUCAGCUUGGACCUAAUGAAUUGGCCGACGUCGACCACGAACUCAAGUACAUUGAGGAUACGAUGAUCUACAUCUCCGAGCAGAUCGGUUCGUACAAGGAAGAGAUAGACGAAUAUGUUCAAUUCACUUCUACCAACGGCAAGAAGAAUUGGGAUCACCAGCUAUGCUGGGGCUGUCUCAAGAGACAUAGCGAGGACAAUAUGGUAGAGAUUGGAUGCAUUAGCGGCCACUGGAUUUGUAUUCCUACCUUGAGACAGUGUGUCAUCAGAUUCAUCACCAUGCCGAAUGUUGGUGUGCCCCUCUGCUGCAUGACAUUCCCGAUGUACGAGGCUCGAUACCGCAGCAGAUACCGAGAAGCUCUGGGAUUCGCUACAUUCAAUCUGUUCUUGAAGGCCUUUGAGCGUAGAUACCAACCCCUUGGAAGCACCUCUCUUCCCAGCCCCUCUUACGAGCAAGAUAACGAGGUUCAGGGCAAUGCGGAGGAUGCAGCUGAGCAGGCUCGCACUCGGGUGGCCACUCCGGUAGAAGCGGUCGUCGAAGAGACUACCAAAGAAGCGGUAGCUGUCGAGGGCACCGUGGUUGAGCAGGCCACAUCAAGCCUUUCGCUGCUAGCUGUUUCCGAGUACGGCGCUUCGGCUGACGAUGAACAAGCAGAACGUUCAUUUUCAAGCUAA